UUUCUUUGAUAUAGAAUUGCCCUGAUUUUAAUCUUUUUACAACUAAAUUUAAUGAAGUCCCGUGUGGCUGAUUGAUGAUCCCAAGAUCAAUGGUGAAAAAAACUAUGAACUAUUACAAAUUUAUAAGCUAAAAUAAUACAAAAUUGAAAACAGGGAAAAAAAUAUAAUACUUCUAUUCUUUAACAUUUCAUGAAGAAAACAUUGAAAAUCAAAGUCUAUCAGGUUUCCUGACAAAGCGGCUCCGGGGGUUGCUUUUAAUCUAUUCUGGAUGUUGGAAAAUCUCCACGUGUUCAUUUAUACGAGCAUGGUACUUGCAGUUAUUGCCUUCGUUGUUGUGAUGUGCACCAGAGUUAGAAAAAAGAAGCCCAAAUCCAGUGAUGGAAAAGUGACAACUACAACCCCAGUUUCAUUGCUGGAAGUUAAGGUGACUCUUCCUAUGAGGGUAAUAUUUGGGGAUAUAACAGUAGCCAAGAAAUAUGAUCCACCAGAACUGGCUCAAAUUCCAAAAACUAGGCUUGGUGAAGGUACCUUGGGGACAUUAUUUAAGGUUGUUCUUAAAUGUGGUUCAGUUGUCACAAUCCGAAAGAUUCGAGAAGGGUUGAUCAUGAAUGCAGCUAAUCUCGAGUUGUUGAUUAACUUCUUUGGAGGAAUCCGGGAUGAUUGGCUCUUGCCAAUACAUUUCAGUUUUUGGUAUGGUGGAGAAGCUUUCAUUUUGUACGACUAUUUGAUCUUGGGGAGUUUGGAUGAGCUGUUACAUGGCAGCGAAGGGAUUCAGUUCACUCCAUUAAACUGGGGAAUUAGGAAACAGAUAGCAUUCUGUGCUGCUCAGGCAGUUGCCUCAAUUCAUAGCCGAGUAACUGAUGAUGGGGAAGCACUUGUUUGUGGGGUGAUUAAGUCUUCAAACAUCUUGAUCCGAAUGGAUUUUUCUGCAUGUCUUUCUAGCUACGAAACGCCUUACCUAGUACCCCCAGAAAUGAUAAUCAAAAGAAAUCCUGGCCGUGUAGCGCCUGAACUAAAGAAUCAUCGAAAAAUGUUUACACAGAAGUCUGAUGUUUACAGCUUUGGAAUACUGCUGUUAGAGCUAAUUACUGGGGAGAGACCUUCAUUGACCAACCUGGCAGAGUACAUGCUAGAGAAGAAAAGGAAAGGACUGAAUAGUAUAUGUGAUAAGAAAAUGGGAAAGGUGAAUGAAAACAUGGUCGGAAUGAUUGAAAUUGCCAGGCAUUGUCUGUCACGCAAUCCACAAGAUAGGCCUUCCAUGGAUGAUGUAGGGCAGACAAUCCAAACCUUGUACUAAAUA